CAACACAGUAUCCAUUGUGUUGUUAGUUGGAAAACAACAGAGUGCAAAACAAACCUUAUCAGUAUACUUAUCAAUGCUAUCAGCACUCAUAAGGGCAUUGAAUGAGGUGGUAGAAAGUGCGUUAUAAUUUUUGGUGUUCUGUGUAAAAAAUGAUCGUGGAACCGGCACCGAAUCAUCAAAACAUGAAGUUUAACAAGACGGAGUCCGAAUACAAUAUGAAAUCUAUCAGAUUUCUAUUGUUAAUCAUAACGGGGAUGUUUAUUAUUAUCGCUGGUCUGAUGAUAGUCCUCGGUAUAUCCGUUUAUUCGCACUACCACAGCUUCUCGUUCUUCUACGAGAGCGCCAAGAGUGGAAGGUUCCUUACGCCAUCAGUUCUUAGCGUGUUCAUAGGUUUGGUGAUGCUCGUCGUAUCUUCGUUUGGUUUCUUUGGCAGUUUGAAACAAAGCACGUGUAUGGUUAACUUGUACGCGUUGAUAUUAACCUUAUUACUCAUAAUUAAAAUGGUGGUUGUUAUCCUUGCCUUCACGGUUGAUACGGACACAAUCAUGAGCUACAUCAAUAUACCAAUAGAGAAAUAUACGUACGACGCAGAAAUAAUGGACGAAAUUGACAACUUGCAAUACUCGUUGGGAUGCUGUGGAAGCAACUCCUACAUGGACUACGUGGGUAUGGAUUUCAACUCAAACCACUCCACAAUAACGGUAUCAAAGAAAAUCGAUGGCAACAUGGUCUCAAUGCUGAUACCGACUACGUGCUGCGUCGCGCAUAAUGGAGAUUACUCAUUUUGCACCAGAAUGUUCUCUGUCAGUUGUAAAACGGCUUUGGUCAGCGUUUUAGUCCAAAAUGCCACUGUUCUGGGCGUUCUUGGUGUAUCAGUAAUGUUUAUUCAGUUAUUGGGAAUCAUAUUCGCACUAUUGUUGGCUCGUUGCAUCCGGAAAAUGAAAAGCGAAAAGGCCCUGAUGGCUUGGAAGAUCAGGGAGCAAAUGAUAAUGGCGCGAGAAGCCGAAGCAGAGAACAAACAGGACAAAUCAGUGUACAUUGCACACGCGGAUUCCAGUUUAGCUUAAAAUAUCGCUGUUGUAUUCCAUUUAAAUCUAAUGUAAAGUCGUGUUUCUAUUAUUCAAGUAGCAUGUAUGCAAAGUGCAGUUUAUAUACCUUACAUAGGUAUUGGAAACUCAAAUACACAAGCAAGCCGUACGUUUAAAUUAAAGUAUUUUUCUUGAACGCAUAUGUCAUGAUAUACCUGUAUACACACUUGUACAAUAGAAAUCAAAGAGAAUUAUAAUAUAGAAAUGCAGUUUUGUAGGAUUAGUAAUUCCUCAGAACAAUGACAAGCAAGUAAUUCACUACACAAAUUCUUAAGUCAAAUUACUGUCACAUAAGGCUUCAGAGACCAAAUAGGUUCAAAUAUUUUAUCGUAUGUUAAACCUUGCGUAUUUCUGGUAAGUAUGUACUUAAUAUUAUUUCAAAAUUUUUUUUUUUUAAUGGGAUGCUAAUAAUGUUGUUAAAUAAAU